AUGAGCUAUAAGGAUAUGCGGCGGCAGUGGUGGCAGCCUAUGCUAAAGAGCUACUUUAGUACUAAAUCGAGUUUUAUAUCCUUAGUUGAUCGCUUUAAAAUUCCUCUAGAUCUCACGGCUAUGCCUAUGAUCGAAAAUUUCAUGGGGCGGCAAGCCGAGCUAGAUAGCCUAUGGCAGUAUCUCAAGCCGAUAGACCCCUAA